AUGAAACAAGCGAGGAAGGAUAGUACGAUUAAUCAAAAUAUUGUUUUGUCAGUAAUGACGCAAGUCUCAAAGGCCUUGUCUUACAUUCACAGGAAUAAUAUUUGCCAUCGUGAUAUCAAGCCAGCAAACAUUUUGGUGGAAGAUGUGAAACCUGAAUCAAUCACUUGCGUUUUGGCUGAUUUUGGAUUGAGUAAGGAAAUUGAGGAAUCAUCAAGACAUUCAAAUGUGGGAACUUUGAGUUUUUUUGCUCCAGAAAUUCUAACAGAAGAAAGUUAUGGGCUGAGAGUGGAUGUUUUCGGACUAGGAGUUGUCUUGUUCCAAUUGAUAACU